ACCGGAAUGCUUGGAAUGAAAGCAGUAGGUAAUAGGGUUUAAAGCAAUUAUUCAAAGUGCCUUUGAGAAGGUAUAAAAUUAAGAGAUCUGACAUUCAGAAAUCAAACAGUGUGUCCAAGUCUGACCAAAUUAGCCAGUGGUUUCCAGUUAAAUAAGUGAUAAUAACAUCAGCACUGACAUUGCCUUUUCAGUUCUUUACUUGUCUUCAACUGACAAUGGCGGCUGCAAGAGUGACUAUAUCAUCAGCCAACAACACUAUAGCAACAGCUUCACUCAUAUCCAAAUCUCCUCUUCUUCGAAAACCCAACAAUUUCAACAUUUGCUUCCGCAACGGACCUGCUGCACUACACAAGAAGCGAGUUUUUAGUUGUAGUGCUAUUUACAAUCCUCAGAUUCAAAUCAAAGAACAAGGACUGCCUGAAACAUUGGAUUAUCGUGUCUUUUUUGUUGAUCAUUACGGCAAAAAGGUAUCCCCUUGGCAUGAUAUACCACUUCAUUUAGGUGAUGGCAUUUUCAAUUUCAUUGCUGAAAUUCCCAAAGAAUCAAGUGCAAAGAUGGAAGUUGCUACGGAUGAGCUGUACACACCAGUUAAACAAGACACAAAGAAGGGGAAACUUAGAUACUAUCCAUAUAAUAUUCACUGGAACUAUGGAUUGCUUCCUCAAACCUGGGAAGACCCUUCAUUGGCAAAUGCUGAAGUUGAGGGGGCCUUUGGAGAUAAUGACCCUGUUGAUGUUGUCGAGAUUGGGGAAAGCCGUGCUAAAAUUGGCCAAGUCUUGAAGGUCAAACCUUUAGCUGCUUUGGCAAUGAUUGAUGAAGGAGAACUUGACUGGAAAAUAGUUGCUAUUUCCCUAGAUGAUCCCCGAGCUUCACUUGUCAAUGAUAUCGAUGAUGUGGAGAAACAUUUUCCGGGCACUCUGACAGCUAUCAGGGACUGGUUUAGAGACUAUAAGAUCCCUGACGGAAAGCCUGCUAACAAGUUUGGACUAGGGAACAAGCCGGCUAACAAGGAUUAUGCACUUAAGGUUAUUACGGAAACCAACGAGUCUUGGGCAAAGCUUGUCAAGAGAUCCAUUCCUGCUGGUGAUCUUUCACUUCAAUAGCUGGCAACUGAUAAAGCUUGAACAACUAGUUUUGUAGCUUGUUAACUGAAUUGGGCGUGAAAUCUGUAGCAAUUCUUUCUCCGCCCUCGUGUGGGGGGUGGAAAUGAGUUCAUAUUCUUAAAAUUGAUUCAGCACAAGAAGAUGCUGCUUUCAUCGGUAUUUUCUGCAUGGAAAUGACUUUUAAAGCUAUCCAAGAGGAAAAAAUUUAAAUAUA